AUGGACCAGAACCUGUUUGGAGGGGCCCCCAGAUUCCUCACGCGGCCCAAAGCGUUUGCAGUGUGCGUGGGCAAGGAUGCCACUCUAAGCUGCACCAUCGUGGGCAACCCCACCCUAUUGAUUACCUGGGAAAAGGAGAAGCUACGUCUGACCUCUGGGGGCCGCUUCAAGACGGUGGGUGAUGGUAAUGUCUACCGCCUCACCAUCUACGAUCUAACCCUGGAAGACAGCGGCCAGUACAUGUGCCGGGCCAAAAACAACGUCGGGGAGGCAUACGCAUGUGUAACCCUUCAUGUAGGCCUUCCACAGGAGAUGGUGGAGAGGGCCCCCGUCUUCAUGGUCAAGCCUACCUCUGUACGCGUUGGCCUGGGGGGCGAUGUGGUCUUCCACUGCCGGGUUGCUGCUUACCCAGAGUCUAAAUUUGACUGGGAUAAGGACGGGCGUUACCUAGCCGAGACGAACCGCAUCAAGGUGUCCUCGGACGGCGACAGCAGCUCCCUGAGGAUCCAGAGCGUGCGCAGCCUAGACAGCGGCACGUAUACCUGCCGCGCCCAGAACUCGGUGGGCCGCUCGAACUCUGCCGCCACCUUGGUCAUAGACACCCAGGACUCCCGUCACCUGGGCCAGGACAAGAGCACCUCCCUCCUCUCCCACAUGCAGAAGCGUAAAGAAGGGAGACGGGCUGAGCGGUCUGGGCAGCUACCCAAAAGCGUCUUUACCCGCACCUGCACGGUGACUGAGGGCAAGCAUGCCAAGCUCAGCUGCUUCGUGACGGGUCACCCCAAGCCUCAUAUCAUCUGGAGGAAGGAUGGGGGGAACAUCGGCGAGGGACGAAGGCACAUCAUGUAUGAGGACCAGGCCGAGAAUUUCAUCCUCAAGAUCCUGUACUGUAAGCAGAGCGACAAUGGCCUGUACACCUGUAAUGCCUCCAAUAUGGCUGGACAAACCUACAGCGCUGUGCUGGUGAUUGUUAAAGAGCCCAAGGUGCCGUUCAGGAGGAAGCUGCAGGAUGUGGAGGUCCAGGAGAAGAUGACGGCCAUGCUGCUGUGUGAGGUGCCCGUUUCGGCUAGCCAGGCCAGCUGGUUCAUGGAGGAGACACGUCUGGAGGACAGCUCCAAGUACUGCAUGGAGGAGGAGGGGACCAUGCGUCGCCUCACCAUCCGCAAUGUCACCACUAAUGAUGAUGCCGUCUACAUCUGCGAGAUGAAGGAGGGGAGCCGCACCGUAGCCGAGCUCACUGUGCUGGGGAACAUCACUAAGAAGCUUCCCAGGAGGACUGUAGUGUCGGGGAGUGAUACAGUGAUCUUCUGCGUUGAGCUGGAGCACCCCAGUUCUGACGCCUACUGGACACGCAACGGCGAGCGUCUGAAGCCGGACACACGGAUAUCCAUUGCCUGCACCCUCAGACAGUACACGCUAACCAUCAGCCACUGCCAGGCCGACGACUCAGGAGAGGUGGCCUUUGUGGCUGGAGACUGCAAGACCUCCACACGAUUCUCUGUCGCGGCUGCCAGAAAGCACCCUCCAGAUCCCCCUAUCGACGUGGUGGUGCGUAACAAGACCGACUCGUCCAUCACCCUCCACUGGUCCCCCCCAGAUAGUGACCGCCCCGUACCCAUCAAAGGGUACAUGGUAGAGAGGAGGAAGGUGGGUGCCCAGACCUGGCAGAGGUGCAAUGGCAUGGAGGUCAGCCCCUUUACUGAGAUCACGAUCCAGAAUAUCACAGAGGAGGCCAGCUACCAGUUCCGCAUCUCCGCAGUCAACGACUACGGCCAGAGCCAAUACAUGGAGGUGCCUGGGACCUUCUACCUCGAGCCCUCUGCAGAGGUGAAGACAGGCCUGAUGAACAGCACAGCCAUCUCAGGCGAGGAGGCCUCCCUCUCCGUGGAGCUGUCUGCCGUGUGCUCUGGCUCCUGGUCUAUCAACGGCCGCCUCCUGCGGAGUGGGGCUGACUACCUCAUCACACGCCAAAAGACCACACAUACGCUGACGAUCCGAACUGUCUUGAUGGAGAUGAAUGGAGCAGUGGUCAAAUUUGUGGGCGGUGGCUCCGAGAGCACUUGUAUACUCCACGUGAAGGCUCCAGCUAUCCGGUUCACCAGUAAGUCCGCUCACACUGAGGUGGUGACCUGCAGCGCCCAGUCCUCCGCCCAGCUGACCACAGAGGUGUCCGAUUAUGAUGCUCAGGUGGUCUGGAUGAAGAAUGGACGGGAGCUGAAGAUGGGCAAGAAGUAUGAGUGCAUAAGCACCGACCGCAAGAGGAUCGUGAUGGUGCACAACGUCACCGAAGAGGACACGGGAAUCUAUGAGUGUGUCUUAAAUGAAGACCGAAUGUCCCUGCAGCUUUCUCUAAAAGAUGAAGCCAAGUUCCUGAACAAGCCCAGGGGUCCCAUGGGGGUGGCGCCUGCCCUCAGCGGGGACCUUGAGUUGAACUGUGAGGUGUCGUCUGCAAGCGGGGUGGUGGUGUGGAGGAAGGAUCAGACAUUGGUCACUGAGGACCAAAGAACCACCAUCGUCUCCAAAGGGACACAGAGGAGACUGGUCGUCAAGAAUGUCAAGAGGAGUGACGAGGGACACUACUCCUGCGAGACAGUCGAGGACAAAGUCACAUUCCAGGUCAAGAUAAAAGAAGCCCAACAGGCAGUCUUCUCCAACAAGGACGCUGUACAGAAGGAGGUGAAAGUUACUCUCUCCCAGAAAGCCACUCUGAGCUGUGAAGUGUCCGACCCCAAGACAGAGGUGAAAUGGUACAAGGAUGGCAAGCUGCUGACUUCCAGUGAGACAGUCUCCACGGAGACAAAGGGCAGGAGUCGUCUGUUGAUAGUAGACAAAAUUGAGAAGAAGGAUGCUGGAGAUUACACCUGUGAGGCUAGAGCAGAGAAGCUGGUCUUUAAAAUACACGUUUCAGAAACCCAACAGUCUGCCUUCUACAACAAGGAGUCUGUACAGAAGGAGGUGAAAGCUACUCUUUCCCAGAAAGCCACUCUGAGCUGUGAGGUGUCUGAUACCAAGACAGAGGUGAAAUGGUACAAGGAUGGCAAGCUGCUGACUUCCAGUAAGACCGUCUCCAUGGAGACAAAGGGCAAGACUCGUCAGCUGGUGAUAGAGAAGGCGGAGAAGAAGGAUGCUGGAGAGUACACCUGUGAGUUUGGAACGGAGAAACUGGUCUAUAAGAUUCAGGUGACAGAAGCCCAGGCUGUCUUCACCAACAAGGAGUCUGUACAGAAGGAGGUGAAAGCUACUCUUUCCCAGAAAGCCACUCUGAGCUGUGAGGUGUCUGAUACCAAGACAGAGGUGAAAUGGUACAAGGAUGGCAAGCUGCUGACUUCCAGUAAGAGCGUCUCCAUGGAGACAAAGGGCAAGACUCGUCAGCUGGUGAUAGAGAAGGUGGAGAAGAAGGAUGCUGGAGAGUACACCUGUGAGGUUGGAGCAGAGAAACUGGUCUAUAAGAUUCAGGUGGCAGAAGCACCACAGGCUGCAUUCACCAACAAGGACUCUGUACAGAAGGAGGUGAAAGCUAAUCUCUCACAGAAAGCCACUCUGAGCUGUGAGGUGUCCGACACCAAGACAGAGGUGAAAUGGUACAAGGAUGGCAAGCUGCUGCCUUCCAGUAAGACAGUCUCCAUGGAGACAAAGGGCAAGACUCGUAAUCUAGUGAUAGAAAAGAUGGAGAAGAAGGAUGGUGGAGAGUACACCUGUGAGGUGGGAACAGAAAAGCUGGACUUCAAGAUACACGUGACAGGAGAAACUCAGGCUGCCUUCUACAACAAGGAGUCUGUACAAAAAGAGGUGAAAGCUACUCUCUCCCAGAAAGCCACUCUGAGCUGUGAGGUGUCUGAUACCAAGACAGAGGUGAAAUGGUACAAGGAUGGCAAGCUGCUGACUUCCAGUAAGACCGUCUCCAUGGAGACAAAGGGCAAGACUCGUCAGCUGGUGAUAGAAAAUGUGGAGAAGAAGGAUGCUGGAGAGUACACCUGUGAGGUUGGAGCAGAGAAACUAGCCUUCAAGAUUCAGAUGGCAGAAACUCAAGCAGCUUUCUCCAACAAGGAGUCUGUACAGAAGGAGGUACAUGCUACUCUCUCCCAGAAAGCCACUCUGAGCUGUGAGGUGUCCGACACCAAGACUGAGGUGAAAUGGUACAAGGACGGCAAACUUCUGACUACUAGCAAGACAGUUCAUAUGGAGACAAAGGGCAAGACUCGUCAAUUGGUGUUGGACAUUGUGGAGAAGAAGGAUGCUGGCGAGUACACUUGUGAGGUUGGAGCAGAGAAAGUUGCCUUUAAGAUACAGGCGGCAGAGGUCCAGGCUGCCUUCACCAACAAGGAGUUUGUACAGAAUGAGGUGAAAGCUACUCUUUCCCAGAAAGCCACUCUGAGCUGUGAGGUGUCUGAUACCAAGACAGAGGUGAAAUGGUACAAGGAUGGCAAGCUGCUGACUUCCAGUAAGACCGUCUCCAUGGAGACAAAGGGCAAGACUCGUCAGCUGGUGAUAGAGAAGGUGGAGAAGAAGGAUGCUGGAGAGUACACCUGUGAGGUUGGAGCAGAGAAACAGGCCUUCAAGAUACAGGUGGCAGAGACUGCCUUCUCCAACAAGGAGUCUGUACAGAAGGAGGUGAAAGCUACUCUCUCCCAGCAAGCCACUCUGAGCUGUGAGGUGUCCGACACCAAGACAGAGGUGAAAUGGUACAAGGAUGGCAAGCUGCUGACUUCCAGUAAGACCGUCUCCAUGGAGACAAAGGGCAAGACUCGUCAGCUGGUGAUAGAGAAGGCGGAGAAGAAGGAUGCUGGAGAGUACACCUGUGAGGUUGGAGCGGAGAAGUUGGCCUUCAAGAUAGAGGUGGCAGGUAGGAUGUCAUUGACUUUCAACAAUAUGUGUUUGAAGGGUGCAUGCAGUGUUCAAGCAAGUGAGAAGAUUGUUUUGACCACUGAGUUGACUUCGGAGAGUGCCAGUGUUAAGUGGUUCAGGGACGGUGUGGAGUUGAAGGAGAGCUCUAAGUAUGACAUGAAGAGAGAGGGACAUUCUCGUACCCUGAUUGUGAAGUCCACUGAAGUCAAAGACAGUGGCACCUACUCAUGCCACACUGCUGACGACAAGCUUGAGUUCAAAGUUCAAGUCAAGGAUUCACCGCUGAAGUUUGUGGUGCAGUUGCAGCCUGUAGUCACAGAGCUGGGUGGUACACUGACCCUGACCUGUGAAAUGAACCGAGCCUUAGGGGACGUGCUCUGGCGCCACAACAGCUGUGAGGUCAAACCCGGCGGCAGGUUCUGUGUCAGCACUGAUGGUCCCAAGCGGGUCUUUACUGUGACAGGAAUGGCAAAAGAGGAUGAGGGAGAAUACAGCUGUGAAUGCAAAGAUGAUAAGACCUCUGCCAAGGUCUCCACCAAAGCACCCAGACUGGUGAAGCUGACUUCCAAGCUGAGCAACGUCGCUGCUGUGGAGGGGAAGGAGGCCAUCUUCAAGUGUAGUGUCACCCCAGCUGACGUCAAAGUGAAAUGGUUCUGCAACAACGUGCCCAUCACUGCUGGGCCUAAAUAUAAGAUUGAGCAUGGGGGCACCAGCCACUCCCUCACCGUCACCUCAGUGAGUCAGGAUGAUGCUCAAGAGAUCAGCAUUGAUGCAGAGGGCAAAACCUGCAGUGCUACCCUCCAAGUGCAACUGGAGCCGGUGAUGUUCAAGAAGAAGCUGGAGAAUGUGAUGGUGGUGGAGGAACAGAAGGAGGUGAAGCUGGAGGUAGAGCUGAAUAAACCCUCUAAAGAGGUCAGGUGGAUGAAGAACAGCGUGGUGCUACAGCCUGGAGGCAACAUGGAGAUCAGGGUGGACGGAGCCAAGCAGACCCUGGUCUUUAAGAGUGUGACUACGGCCGAUCGUGGCUACUACUCCUGUGAGACCCUGGACGACAAGACCCAGGCCAAACUCACAGUGGAUGUGAAAAAGAUUGAGGUGGUGAACGGCCUGCUGCCGGAGGUCAAGGCCCAUGAGAAGGAGACAGUGACCCUAGAGGUGGAGCUCAGCCUGGCUGACGUGGAGGGCUCCUGGACCAGGGACAGCGUCAAGCUCAAGGCAGGGUCCAACUGCCGCAUCACGGCCCUGGGAAAGAAGCACGCCCUCACACUAUCCCAAAUCAAGAUGGAGGAUGCAGGAACAAUUGCCUUCCAAGCAGAGGGGGUCAAAACUUCUGCCAAACUCAUUGUUACAGAACCUGUGGCUAUGAUCUCUAAACCCAUGGAGGAUGUCAAAGCCCCAGAGAAGGAGAAGGCAACACUUGAGUGUGAGGUGUCCAGAACUAAUGCUGAGGUCAAGUGGUUCAAGGGUGACAUGGAACUGAAACCAGGAAAGAACUUUCGCAUCCUCUCCCAGGGGCGCACACGCAGCCUGCUAAUCCACAAAUGUUCACAAGAGGAUGAGGGCAUAUACGUCUGCCAAACGUCUGAUGACAACACAUCAGCUAAACUCACUGUUCAUGGUAUGAACGUUCAAAUAGUGAAGAAGCUUGAGGACGUGGAGGUGAUGGAGAAGGAGAGCGCUUCGUUCUUCUGUGAGAUCUCUCACGAUGAAGUGGACUGCCAGUGGUUCAAAGGCGACACCAAACUCAAAGUCGGUGACAACAUCAAGAUGAGACAAGAGGGUAAAAUCUAUGUGCUGCUGUUUAAGUCGGUGACCCCAGAAGACUUUGCUGAGAUUAAAUUCACAGCUGAAAAGGCCUCUUCAACAGCCAAACUGACAGUGAAAGAGCUCCCUGUCCAGUUUGUGAAGAAGCUCAGGGAUAAGUUAGCCUUGUAUACACACCGUGGGUUCUUGGAAUGCCAAGUGUCCCGGGCCAGCGCCAAGGUCAAGUGGUACAAGAACAAGAAGGAGAUCAAGCCCAGCAAGAAGCAUGAGAUCAGCAGCGAGGGUAUAUACCGCAAACUCACCAUAAACGACGUGGGCUCGGAUGAUGAGGAUACUUACACCUGUGACGCCAUCGAUGACAAGACAUCCUGUAAACUUCUUGUGGAAGAGCAGGCCAUCAGCAUCGUACGGGAGCUAAGUGCCGUGGAAGUGACUGAGCCCUUUGCCGCCUUCUUCGAGGUGGAGAUCAACAUCGACUCAGUCAAGCCCCCCAAGUGGACCCUGAAUGGUGUGGCCGUGCAGGAGAGCGUUGACGUGGAGAUGGAUAAGGAGGGCUCCAUGCACCGCCUCACCUUUAAGAAGACCAAGGCGUCCAUGACAGGACCUGUCCAGUUCAUGGCUGGCAAGAGCAAGUCUGUGGCCCAGCUUACUGUCAAAGAGCGCCGUCUUGAGGUGGUAGAGCCCAUUAAAGAUAUGACAGUCAAGGAGAAGGGCUCAGCCACUCUGAGCUGCAAGUUCUCCGCCGCACCCAAAGAGGUGAGCUGGUUCAAAGGGCAAACCCUCCUGGAUGCUUCCGACAAGUACAACCUGAAACAGGACGCUGUGAGGGCUCAGCUGACCAUCCAGAAGCUGACUGGGGAAGACACUGGGGAGUACCGCUGUCUGUCGUGUGCUGCCGAGACCAAAGCCACUCUCACUGUAGAGGUUCGGAAAGUGGAGAUCACCAAACACUUGGUGGACACAGAGGUGGAUGAGGACAGUGAUGCAGUGUUCACCUGUGAGAUCAACUACACUGAUGAGGAGGUGCAAUGGCUACUCAAUGAAAAAGCACUCUUCUCCAACGAGGUCAACACCAUCACACACAUGGGCAAAGUGCACACGCUCACACUCAAGAAUCUGGCACCUGAAGAUGGGGGCACCAUCAUCUUCAAGGUUAGGGAAAUCAAGGAGGGUGUGACCCUAAAAGUCAAAGAGAAGCGUGCAGUGUUCCUCAAGUCUCUGGAUGAUGUGGUGGGAGAGGUGAAAGGUAUGAUCACCCUGGCUUGUGAGGUCUCCAAGCCCAGGGUCUCCCCCACCUGGAGGAAAGAUGGUACGAUCCUUACCACUGGCUCUAAGUAUGAGGUCCUGCAUACAGGCAAGUCCCUGGGUCUGAUCAUCAAGGAUGUUACCAAGGAAGACGCAGGGGAGUACAGCUGCGACCUGGGAACUGAGCUUUCCAAGUCAAAGGUCACUGUGAGAGACCUGAGCAUAGGUAUCACCAAGCAGUUGAAGUCCGUGGAGGCGAUGGAGGGAGAGACAUGUAGCUUUCAGUGUAUUCUGUCACGGGAAAGCACUGACGAGUGUUCCUGGACCUUCAAUGGCCAGACCGUGGCUAACGGAGGACGCUUCCAGGUCUCCAGUACAGGUCGCAAGUACAUGCUGGUUAUCAAGGAUGUGACACCAGCCGAUGCUGGUGAGGUGGUCUUCAACAUCAAGAACCUGAACUCCAAGACUACCUUAGCUGUUGAAGGCAAAGCUCAAUCUGUAUCACGGGAGCUGCAGAGCAUUAGUGUAGUCUCAGGGGAGGAUGCUGUGUUCACCUGUGAGGUCACACAGACCAGGGCCACUGUCCAGUGGGCCAAAGAUGGGAAGGACAUCAGGAAGAGUGAGAAGUAUGAGAUCAGUAAAGAGGAGAGGGUCAUGAAGUUGACUGUCCACAGUGUCACUGUUCAGGACUCUGGGGAAUAUAGUUGUGAGGUUAUCGGAGGGGCCACUACCAAGGCCAAGCUGGAGAUCAAAGAGCCAGUCCACAAGUUUACCAAGGAGCUUAAGGACAGCGAGGUGGAGGAGGAGGGCUCAGUGACCCUGCAGUGUGAGACAGCCCAGCCUGCCUCCAAGGCCACCUGGUCCAAGGGAGGCGUGGAGCUGAAGGCCGGGGGACGCUAUGAGAUGAGUCAGAAGGAGACCGUCCUCCACCUCACUAUCAAACAGCUGGAGGAGAAAGACGGCGGCACUUACACCUGUGACGUGGGCACUGCGACGAUAACGGCGAAGGUGACAGUCAAAGGUCAGACAGUGUUCAUAGUGGAGCCACCCCAGGACGUUGAGUGUUUCAAGGGGGACCUGCCCUAUCUGGCGCAGUGGUAUCUAGACCAAAUCCCUCUGCAGCCCACCCCCCUCAAUGAGAUCCAGGUAUCUGAGGGGGGUUUCUACUCUCUCGCCGUGAGCGAGCUGACGCCUAUGGACUCAGGCACCGUCUAUGUGGUGAUUGGGGAUAAGAGAGCGUACGCUUCACUAAUGGUCAAAGCCUUGCCUGCCAGCUUUAAACAAAAGCUGAAGAACCAGCAGGCCAAGGAAGGGGAGAGUGUCACUCUCUGCUCUGUGUUAUCCAAACCUGGGGCCAAGGUUCAGUGGAAGAAAGGCACUGAGCAUCUCAAAGCUGGAGACAAAUAUGAGCUGAAACAAAAAGAUGCCUCCUGCGAGCUUCAGAUAAAGCAUCUGAAUGUUGAAGACAGUGGAGAUUACUCCUGUGAGUGUGGAGACCAGAAGACCACAGCGACUAUAAACGUCAAUGCGUUACCUGUGACCUUCAAAAACAAGCUGGAGAGCCAGGAGGCUGAGGAGGGGGGCAGUGUUACCCUGCACUAUGAGCUCUCUAAACCUGGAGUCCCUGUGGAAUGGAGGAAGGGAACACAGGUGCUGAAGUCUGGAGAAAAGUACCAGAUGAAGCAGAAAGAAUCUGUGAGUGAACUCCUGAUCAGCAAAGUACUACCAGAGGACAGUGGAGACUACAGCUGUGUGUGUGGAGACCAGAAGACUACAGCCAGUCUCAAGAUAAAGGCCCAACCUGUUAAAUUCAAACACAAACUGGAGAGCCAGGAGGCUGAGGAGGGGGGCAGUGUUACCCUGCACUGUGAGCUCUCUAAACCUGGAGUCCCUGUGGAAUGGAGGAAGGGAACACAGGUGCUGAAGUUUGGAGAAAAGUACCAGCUGAAGCAGAAAGAAUCUGUGAGUGAACUCCUGAUCAGCAAAGUGGUACCAGAGGACAGUGGAGACUACAGCUGUGUGUGUGGAGACCAGAAGACUACAGCCAGUCUCAAGAUUAAGGCCCAACUUGUGACCUUCAAACACAAACUGGAGAGCCAGGAGGCUGAGGAGGGGGGCAAUGUUACCCUGCACUGUGAGCUCUCUAAACCUGGAGUCCCUGUGGAAUGGAGGAAGGGAACACAGGUGCUGAAGUCUGGAGAAAAGUACCAGCUGAAGCAGAAAGAAUCUGUGAGUGAACUCCUGAUCAGCAAAGUGGUACCAGAGGACAGUGGAGACUACAGCUGUGUGUGUGGAGACCAGAAGACUACAGCCAGUCUCAAGAUAAAGGCUCCUCCAGUCACUUCCAAACAACAGGAAACCAAAGAGCCCCAGAAGGCAACCGUAGAAAAGAAGACAGCGCCUGCUGCUCCUACCACCCCUAAACCGGAAUCCCAGAAGGAGGAGACGAUGGUCCACCACAUUUCUCCUACAGUAUUUGUCUGCCUCUUCAGUCCAGAGUGCAUUUCAUGGUGUCGUGGCAUGGCCGUUGUGAAUGUCAGGAUCCACUCUGUGCGACAUAUCAACCUGCUGGUUGAACAUGCUCUUCCAGUCAUAUUCAAACAAGAUCUGCAGAGUCAGGAGGUUGAAGAGGGGGGCAGUGUUACCCUGCACUGUGAGCUCUCUAAACCUGGGGUCCCUGUGGAAUGGGGGAAGGGAACACAGGUCCUGCAGUCUGGAGAAAAGUACCAGAUGAAGCAGAAAGAUUGCAGUGUGGAACUCCAAGUCUGUGAUUUGAAACCUGAAGACACGGGAAGCUACCACUGCAGGACUGGAGACACAGAGAGCUCAGCAUACCUGAAAGUCAAUGCUCUCCCAGUCAUUUUCACUAAAGAGCUGCAGAGCCAACAGGCAGAAGAGGGGGGCAGUGUUACCCUGCACUGUGAGCUUUCUAAACCUGGGCUCCCUGUGGAAUGGAGGAAGGGGGAGGUGGGUCUUUGCCCCUGUGCCAAGUAUGAAAUCAUCCAGGAAGGGCACAGCGCUAGGCUAGUCAUCCAAAACUUAGACCCAGAAGACUCAGGCAGCUACACCUGUGACAGUGGUGACCGGAAAACCACAGCACACCUUGCUGUGAAGGCCCUGCCCGUUUACUUCAAAACUCGACUACAGAAUCUAGAGUGGGACGCAGGUGAGAUCGCCAUCCUCCGCUGUGAGAUCACCAAGCCUGGGGCCAGCGUUGUCUGGAGCCGGGGCGACAGGGUCCUGGAAUCUAACAACAAGUAUCAGCUGAAACAGGAAGGGGCCAUUGUGAAGCUUAUCAUCUAUAGCCUACAAGGGGCUGACUCUGGGGAGUAUAUCUGUGACACAGGUUACCAGAAGACCUCCUCCAUGCUCACUGUACAGGACGUGGAGGUGACCAUAGUGAAGGUCUUGAACAGCUGUUCGGUGCACGAGGGGGAGGAUGUCCACUUUGAGUGCCAUCUGUCCCACGUUGAUGCCAAGGAGGUCCAGUGGAAGCUUGCGGACGUCCCUCUGCAGAACAAUGAAAUGAACCUGAUCCGUGCCCAGGGCAAGGUGCACAGCCUCACCCUCAGGGGGGUCACCCAGGCCGACUCGGGCACAGUCACCUUCACCGUGGGUCACCAUACCUCCACCGCAAGCCUGACCGUCCGAGGGGCCCCUCUGGUGUUCAAGAAGGAGCUGGAGAGCCAGGAAGCAGUGGAGGGAGGCAGUGUUUCCCUGACCUGUGAGAUCAGUGCUGAUGGCAAGGUGACCUGGAGAAGGGGCUCUGUGCUCCUCACCCAGGGGGAGAAGUAUUCCAUGGAGCACACAGGUUCUACCUACAUCCUGAUGGUUCACAAGUUAAAGGUUGAAGAUGCUGGAGAGUACACCUGUGAUACCGGGGAUAAGCAGAGCACAGCCACCCUGAUAGUCAAAGAGUCUGUACGCAUCACUCGGGAGCUGCACGACAUCACAGUGACCACCGGGCAGAAUGCUGUCUUUGCGUGUGAGUUGUCCCAGGAGGGCGUGACCAACGGAGAGUGGUGGCUGGGCGAUAACCUCCUCCAGAACAACGACCUGAACCAGAUGACCUGCCAGGGCCGGGUACACCGGCUGACACUGCAGAUGGUCACCCCCGAUGAAUCAGGGGACGUGGCGUUUGUGGUGGGCGAGGAGAAGACCGUUGCUUGCCUACUGGUGGAAGAGAAGCCCAAAGCCUUAAUCCUUGAGAAGCCUCACGAUACAGUGGCCUUGGAGGGUGAGACAGUCACCCUGUCCUGCACUGUCUCCGACCCCACGGCAACCGUCACCUGGAGCAGGAAUGAUGUGGCUAUCAAAGCAGGACUCAAGUACGACCUGCGGAAGAAUGGAGCUCUCCUGCAGCUGCGCAUCCACAACCUGGAGAUGGAGGACUCUGGAACCUACUGCUGCGAUACCGGGGAUGCACAGUGCACCGUCACCUUGAUUGUGGAAGGUGCCCCGGCAUUCUUUCAGAAAGAGCUGAAGAACCAGGAAGCCCAGGAGGGUGAUGAUAUCACUCUGCACUGUGAGCUCUCCAAGGCGGGCACUCACGUGGAGUGGAGGAAGGGAGGCAUGGUCCUCCAGGCUGGUAAGAAGUACGAGAUGAGGCAGGAGGGCUGCGUUCAGGAGCUCCACAUUCGCAACCUGGAGCCAGAGGACAACGGCUACUACACCUGUGAUGCUGGAGACCAGCUCACCACGGCGUCAGUGGCAGUGCAAGGUAUAAUGUCACUACGCCAUCUGUCUCUGACAGUGUUCAUUUUUGUAUGGUCUGGUCUUUUCUUUUCUCAAGAACCCACAGUAGAGGUGGUGAGCGAGAUGCAGGACCUUUGUGUGGCUGAGGACCAGCCGGCUGAGUUCAUCUGCCAGUACUCCCGGCCGGUCCAGGCCCAGUGGAAAAGAAACGGGCGGCCAUUGCAGCCUGACGGCAGGAGGGUGGUAGUGGAGCAGGACUGGACCGUGGCUCGCUUGUACAUUAGCCACGUGUCCACUGAGGACAGGGGGACGUACUCCUGUGAGGCAGAGGGGACCUGCGUGGUCGCCUCACUGGAGGUGGAAGCCAAACCCAUAGAAAUCCUCCAGGGCCUGGAGAACAUGGACACCAUCGACGGCGGCGAGGCCCUGUUCGAGUGCUCGAUCUCUCGUUGCGAGAUCAAAGACAGCUGCUGGCUCAUUGAUGGCAAGCCGGUGAAGGAUUCGCCAACCACUGAGAUUGUGUCCUUCGAGAGUGGCCGCCGCCACCUGCUGCUGCUAAAGGAUCUGCACGUCGGGGACAACUGCAAAGUGACCUUCCAGGCUGGCACCGCAGCGACCUCCGCCCUGCUCAACGUCAAAGGCUGGCAGCUGGAUGUGGUGAGCGGUCUGGAGGAUAAGGUAGCUGUGGUGGGAGAGAAGGUAGAGUUCAGCUGCAUACUGACUGAGCCUGUGCCUAAAGCGGAGGUAGCCUGGUACUCUAACGGAGCCGAGCUAAAGAAUGAUAACACCUGGGCCAUGCAGGCUGACGGUUGCUCCUACCACCUGGUGCUGAGACAGGCCCCAGCCAUGCCACCACAGGAGAUCACCUUUGCUGCCAGGGAUGCCAUUUCCAUGGCCAAGCUCACUGUCAUCACCGUUCCAGACCCCCCGGAGGACCCAGAGCUGGUCAGUAAGCAUAAACAGGGGGUGACCCUGUCCUGGUUCACACCUCUCAGCGAUGGAGGCAGCCCCAUUUUGGGUUACAGGGUGGAGAUGAGGCUGGCGGACAGCGCCCUCUGGCUUCCGUGCCAUGCAGAGCCUGUGUGUAACACAGAGUUCUCUGUGGAUAACCUCAUCCCAGGGAGCGGCUACAGGUUCAGGGUGGCAGCCAUCAACAGAGCUGGGACUGGAGAACCUGUCCAGCUGCCUCAGACCGUUCAGCUGGAGGCUCCAAUCACAGUUACCCAGCAGUUGGCCUGUCCAGACUUGCAGGAGGGUAAGAUGGCCCGUGUAGAGUGCCAGCUCUCUGCUGAGGGCAGCUCGGUCACCUGGCUCAGAGACAACAAGGAGCUGGAGUUUGGGGUCAAAUACCAGGUCACCAUCGAGGGCAAGACACAAGUGCUGCUGAUCAAAGACUUUGAGUCUGCUGACCAGGGCGUGUACACCUGUGUGGCCUCAGACGAGGCAGAAAGCUCCAUUAAUCUCAACCUACCAACAGGUGGAGAUGGGGUUAACUUGGAGGGGGCCCAGCCCAGCCUGCCUCCUGAGGCUGCCUCCGAGGGUGAUGUCCACGCGCUGUGGGAGGCCCUGGCCAAGAAACGCCGCAUGAGCCGAGAGCCCACCCUCGACUCCAUCUCUGAGCUGCCUGAUGAGGAGGACAAGGAGCCGAAAACACCCAAGGAGCCAGUCAAGGAGAAGAAAGCCCCAGAGAAGGUGAACGAAAAGGAGAAGGUUGUGGAGCCUAUCAUCAUCGCAAAGAAGAAGGAGUUGGAUACCAAUCUACACACCAGCUCUGAGGAUGAGUCCAGGGUUCCAACGCUGGUGUCCUACCUGAAGAAGAGCAGCAAGUCCUCCCUCUCUGCAUCCGACCAGACAGAGUCCAUCUCAACUGAGAAGUUCUAUGCACAGACCUCAGUGCAACAGACCACAGUCCUACAGACCUCAUCUUUGGGACAGAAGAUCACAGCACAGACUACAGAGAUCACUGAGUGCGGAAGUGAGGAGGUUGAAGAAAAGGGGCUGCUGGAUGCUGCUGUCAAGAUCCAGGCUGCGUUCAAGGGCUACAAGUCCUGCAAGGACAUGUGUCCAGUCUUCAAGGAUGUCUUCAAGGACCAGACCAAGGAGCCCAAUGGCACCAUCCACCUGGAGUGCGUGGUUGAGGGCAAGCCCGACAAGGUGCGCUGGCUGAAGGACGGCGAGCCCCUUGUGGACAGCAAACACCAUCACAUCGACAUCUACAACGAUGGCACCUGCUCUCUGGUAAUCACCGCCGUUACCACCAAGGACACGGGCAUCUACACAUGUGAGGUCACCAACAAGUUCGGCGUGACCAUCCACAGCGGCAAGGUGACAGUAGGCUCGGCACGGGAGGCAUCUGGAAGGAGGCCCCUGACCAUGGGCUACAGCGCUGACAGCGAGGCGGAGAGCUCGUCUGCAGAAAGCGAGAUGGAUGAGUCUCUGAGGCAGGCCAGCAAACGGCUUCGCCGCCUCCUCCGCACACGCCUGCCGGCCACGUCGGAGGAGGAGUCGUUCGUCAGCUGUGAUGAUGAGGCUGAGCUGCAGGCCCCCGAGCCCAAAUCGUACCGUGAGGACGAGCGCUACCUCUACAUCCGCUUUGACACGCGGUCUGAGGCACAGGUGGCGUCGCUGCACUUUCAGGAGAUGUUCACUGCCCAGGGGAUGCCUGUGGAGACCACCAUCCAGGAGGCUGGACCUCUCAAAGUGGAGCUGCGCAUCAUGAAGAUGGGAUACACCCAAGAUGGCUCUGCAACACCCACACAGGAGAAGCAGCUGCCCGCGUUCAUGACAGGAGCCCCUGCGGCCCCAGUCUUCCUGACCGAACUCCAGAGCCAGGACGUGCCUGACGGUUACCCGGUCAGCUUUGACUGCGUGGUGAUCGGAAAGCCUACACCCAGCGUGCGUUGGUUCAAGGACGGGAAGCUCCUGGAGGAGAAUGACCACUACAUGAUCAACGAGGACCACGAGGGCUGCCACCAGCUCAUCAUCACCACUGUGCUGCCUUCUGACAUGGGCGUCUACCGCUGCAUGGCCGAGAACACCAGUGGCAUUGCUGCCACUAAGGCUGAGCUCAGGGUUGACAUGUCUUGCAGUUCAGACUACGAUACUGCAGCUGAUGCCACUGAGACAGGCUCCUACAUCAGCGCCAAGGGCUACAUGUCAAGGGAAACGGAAGCGUUUGAGUCUGUGGCAGAGGAUGAGCAGAUGCCACAAGUACUGGAUGAGCUCCAUGAUGUGCACGUCAGCCCAGGCUCACCCAUUGCUAAGAUGCAGCUGAAAGUCAAAGGUUUCCCCGCGCCCAGAGUGUACUGGUUCAAGGACGGUAUCACGCUGCGUUCCUCAGACAGGAUCCUGCUGCUGGACAAGAGAGACGUCCACAGUCUGGAGGUCCUGGAGGUGAAGAGGGAGGAUGCAGGAGAGUACUCUGCCUACAUCAGCAACGCUGCUGGAUCAGCAUACUCCUCUGCUAGGAUACUGGUUCUGGGUCCAGGAGAGCUCCCACCUGUAGAAAAGCACGAUCCCAAGGUGCCUCUGGUGCCGCCACGGUUCCUGGAGAAGUUUAGCAACAGGAAGGUGAAACAGGGAGCCAGUGUCACCCUGUCAGUCAGAGUGGAAGGUUCUCCCACCCCCAUGGUGACGUGGCUGAAAGAGGAGUCUGCUGAGGACGUGUUGUGGAUCAAGCCAGACACUAAGGGCUAUAAGGUGGCCAGGUCUGGGCGCCAACACAGCCUCAUCCUCAUGGAUGCGAGUUCUGAGCACGCCGGCACUUACACCUGCAUAGCCACCAACAGGGCCGGCCAGUCCAUCUGCACUGCCCACUUUGAGGUAGAGGAUGCACCACGACCAAAGGAAGAGACCAAAAUCCCUCUGGGUAUUACUGUCAGCCCUCCAGAGGAGGAUGCUGGCAGAAAAAUGCCUUAUCUAGGUGAAGUUGGAACAGAAGAGUUUCUUAUGAAGCUCACCUCUCAGAUCACAGAGAUGGUAUCUGCCAAGAUCAGCCAAGCCUCACUACGUGUCCCGGGAGGCGAUAGCGACGAUGAGACCAAAACACCCUCCGCCUCGCCCCAUCACGACCGCUCUCGCCCCAGUUCCAUUCUCGCAGACUCCUCCUCUGAGUCUGACGACCCUGAUGCCAGGGGAGAGAUGUUUGACAUCUAUGUGGCUACGGCUGACUACAACCCCACCAUCCCCAACAAAGAGACCAUUUCCCUGAAGGAGGGCCAGUAUGUUGAGGUUCUGGAUUCGGCACAUCCACUCAAAUGGCUGGUCCGGACCAAACCAACCAAAACCACCCCAUCCCGCCAGGGCUGGGUCUCGCCUGCCUACCUGGACAAGAAACUCAAGCUGUCUGCUGAUGCUGGUGAUGUCCCAGAGACAGGUGGAGAAGAGGUCUCAGAAGGAGAGUACAAAAGAAGACUACUCCAACUGAUCCAGGACAUGAUCAACAGCGAGGCAGAGUUUGUCAAAGAGAUGGACUUCUUCACCUCCCACCACGUCAAGCAUGUGGAGAGCCCUGACGCCCCAUCUGACAUCACCAGCCAGAAGGAGGCCAUAUUCAGGAACAUCAACGAGAUCAAGGCCUUCCAUAGCGAGUUCAUGUUCCCUAAGAUGCGCGAGUGCGACACAGAUGACGACGUGGCCAUGCGGUUCCUGAGGAGCGGAGAGGGCUUUGAGAAAUACCUCCAGUACCUUGCAGGCCAGCAAAAGGCAGAGGCCGCUAUCAGUGACAAGACCGUACACCACUUCUUCAAGAAGUACACAGACAAACAGCAGGCCAGUGCCGACCCUGCUGAAGGGCCUGUAUUGAGCAUUAAUGCCUACCUACAGAAACCUCUGGACAGAAUCCAGAAGUACAAGGCCUCACUCAAGGAGCUGAUCAGGAACAAGGCCAGGAACGGUCAGAACUGCUGCCUGCUGGAGGAGGCCUAUGCCAUGGUUUCAUCACUGCCUCAGCGUUCAGAGAACACACACCACGUCUCCAUGAUAGAGAACUACCCUGCCACUCUGGAUGUAUUGGGGGAGCCCAUCAGACAGGGACCCUUCAUGAUGUGGGAGGGUGCACCUGGGGUCAGGUCCUCCUCCAGAGGGCACCGUCGACACGCGUUCCUCUUCAAAAACUAUGUCAUCAUCUGCAAAUCCAAGAGAGACUCCAACACAGACACCCAGGGCUACGUCUUUAAGAACAUGAUGAAGCUGAACAACAUAGACGUGAAUGAGACAGUGGAGGGUGACGACCGGGCCUUUGAGAUCUGGCACGAGCGCGAGGACUCUGUCAGGAAGUACACGCUUCAGGCUCGCACCGUCAUCAUCAAGAACUCCUGGCUGCGAGACCUCAGGGACCUGCAGCAGCGCUACACCAUGCCUGGCUGGAGUAUGCCUGACUUUGAUGAGCUUCUGGCUGACUGCACAGCGGAGCUGGGACAGACAGUGAAACUGGCCUGCAAGGUUACUGGAAUACCCAAACCUGUGGUCACCUGGUACAAGGAUGGGCAUGCGGUGGAGGCCGACCCUCACCACAUCAUCAUCGAGGACCCUGACGGUUCCUGCACCCUGAUCCUGGACAACAUGACAGCUGAUGACUCUGGACAGUACAUGUGCUUCGCCACUAGCACCGCAGGCAACGCCAGCACCCUGGGGAAGAUCACUGUCCAAGUGCCUCCUCGUUUCGUGAACAAGAUGAGGAAUGCUGUCUUUACCGUUGGUGAGGAUGCUCAGUUCUCCUGCACCAUCCAGAGCGCCCCCAGCCCCAAGAUCAGGUGGUUCAAGGAGGGUAGGCUGCUGACUGACCAGGAGAAGUAUCAGACCUACAGUGAGUCCCGUAGUGGAGUACUGGUCCUGGUCAUUAAAGGCCCUACAGAGAGAGACCUGGGACAUUACGAAUGUGAGUUGUCUAAUCGACUGGGCAGUGCUAGGUGUGCAGCUGAUCUGUGCCUUCCUUCUGCUGUGACUAGGAGAGGAGAGCAGGCGAUCACCAUCGAAGAGAGGAGACCAUAACCACGGUGGUGAAGAACACCCGUAUGAAGCGUCGUGGCCUGUCUCAAUCUGGGUUCAACCGCUCCCAAACCUCCACCCCAGAUCUCCCCACC